AUGAGAAGCAUAACAACAGUGAGCAGCACUCCUUCAGCUUUGAAGUUACUGAAGACAAGUGAGCAGAGAAGGAAUACCAUGAGUACCAUUUACAAGGAUUCCUUGAAGACUUCCUUGCUGCAGUUGCAAUGUCAUUUUACAUGGACUUUACUGAAGCAGGAUGUAGAUCUUGAUCCCCUAGAGGAAACAAUAGUCGAUCACAUCAAAUUUUUUGGAGAAUCUAACAUCGCAUAUUAUAAUCUACUAUCCUACAUAUGUCACCUAAAGAACUCAAAUGACAAAGCCCUGAGAAAUCUCCAAAAAGCUGAAGAAAUUGUUCAAAAAUGUCAUCCAGAUGAAAUUGCCAGGAGAAGUCUUGUUACCUGGGGGAACUAUGCCUGGAUCUAUUACCACAUGGAGAGAUAUGAAGAAGCUCAAACUUAUGUAAGCAAAGUGGAAAACAGCUGCAAAAAGCUUUCAAGUACUGCUGAUGGGAAGGCAAGGUUUCCAGAGGUCUACGCUGAGCAAGGAUGGGCAUUAUUAAGUUUUGGGGGGAAAUACUUUGAGAGAGCAAAGAAUUGCUUUGAAAAUGCUCUAAAGGAUGAGCCAAAUAACCCAGAUUUUAAUGCUGGCUAUGCAACAGCACUGUAUCGCUUGGAAGAUUUUGCUUACAGAUGUGGUGAAGACACAAGCCCAUCCAUUGAGGCCUUGAAGCGGGCAGUGGAACUGAAGCCAGAGGAUACUUGUGUUAUGGCAUUACUUGCAUUAAAACUUCAGGACUUAAAACAAGUUGAUGAAGGGGAGUGGUACAUUGAAGAAGCUAUGAAAAAAACCCCUGAUCUGCCUUAUUGCCUGCGAUACGCUGCUAAAUUUUACAGAAGGAAAGGAGAACUGUGUAAGGCAGUGAAUAUUUUGGAAAAGGCCCUAGCACUGACACCAAAUUCUGGCUUUUUGCAUCACCAGCUAGGAAUCUGCUACAGAAAAAAAGUAUUUGAAUGGAAAAAAACAGGAAAUCCACCUCAAGACGAAGUGGAGAGGCUCAUCAAACUUGCCAUUUCUCAUUUUAAAUUUGUGGCAGACCAAAAGCCAAAAUUUGUUGCUGCCUGUACGGACCUAGCAAACAUGUAUGCACUAGGCAAGAGGUAUGAAGAAGCAGAAAAGAUAUUUCAGGAACUGCUUCAGAGAAAUGAUCUAACCUGUCAUGAAAAACAAGAGCUCUACUUCAAUUAUGGCAAUUUUCAGCGUUGGCACAUGAGGUCAGAAUCGAAAGCCAUUGAGUAUUACACAGAAGGGCUGAAAAUUAAAAAAGAAUCCUUUGGAAGAAGUAAGUGCAGUGAAGCUGUGCAGUCGUUGUUAAGACAAAAAUUUGAGAGAGGUUCAAGAGAUGCAACAUAUUUUGGUACACUUGGACUCGUUCAUAAGCUAAAUGGUCAGAAACAAGAAGCAAUUGAAUGCUAUGAAAAAGCCAUUGCUUUGGAUCACAAUAGUGAAGAGUAUCAGAAUGCAUUAUUUGAGCUACAACUUUCUAUCUCAAGCUAAAGCUCACAAAAAUCCUUUACACCCAAAAAACUCCAAACCCAAGGACAUUUCAACAGAGUCUCUGAACUUUUUUCGUUGUUUGGUUGGUUGGGUUUUGUCUUAAGGUAGACUUUAUGACCAGAUGAAACACGGGUGGUAUCACUUUCCAAUGAUAAUGAUGAUUGUUCAUUUGUUCAUUUGCUAACAGAGAGCAUGCUUAGAUAACUACAUAAUGUAAUGUAUAAUAUAUAAUAAUAGCUAUACAAUAAUAGCUCAUCUAAUUUAGUCUUCAAUACUAAUGGGUAUAAAUGAUGAUCAGUAGAAUACAGAACUUUUAAGCUGAAAAUGAAAUAGUACCUUCUACUGAGAAAAAGAUAAGGAAAUCAUAUGGCAGUAUUUUUUCUAGAUAUUUGAAAGGCAUGCUUAAACAGAAAUGGAAUUUCUGAUGCUUUUUCAACUAUUUCAAAAAAUACCUUUGUAGAAAAAACUUUUG